UGGGCGGGUGGGGAGCGAGUAGGAGGGGCGUAGGGCGCCGUUGGGCACCGCGCUCCGAGGACGGGAAAAUGGCGGCCUUGGGGUCGCCGGUGCGCACUUUACGAGGCCUUCUACGGGAGUUGCGCUACAUGAACGCGGCCACUGGCCGACCCUAUCGUGACGCCGCGGCCUAUCGGUACCUCGUGAAGGCUUUCCGUGCGCAUCGGGUUACCAGUGAGAAGUUGUGCAGAGCCCAACAUGAACUUCAUUUCCAAGCUGCCACCUACCUCUGCCUCUUACGCAGCAUUCGAGAACACGUGACCCUUCACCAGGAAUUUCAUGGCAAGGGUGAGCGCUCCGUGGAGGAGUCUGCUGGCUUGGUGGGUCUCAAGUUGCCUCAGCAGCCUGGAGGGAAGGGCUGGGAGCCAUGAGAAUGGAGAUUCCUUGGAAGCUGCCUUCAGACAAGAAUUUAAUCAUUUCUAUCUGUAUAUUUAUCAUUAAAUUUUUUUGCAAGUUUA